AUGGCGAGCUACUUCCUCGCGCCCGAUGCUGCACCGGCCGACGAGGACACCGAAAACCCGUCGCCGAAUCGGAUGGCCGCGCCCACAGCCACUUCAACCUCGAAAGCAGCCGACGCGCGGCUCAAGAAGCUCAAGCGCAAUGAGCGCGACCGACAGCGCAGCUUCGCCAAGCGAGAAUCUAUGAAACAGAUGCGGCAGCAGGUGAAGGAGCUCGAGGAUCGCAAGCAGCGGCUCCGCGAGAACUUCGUGCGCCUCGCCAACGAGAUCGAGGCGUUCCGGCGCCAGAACGCCGUCAUGACCCAGCAGCUCCGCGAGCGCGACGUCACCACCGGUUACAUGCAGAACCUGCUGCUCGAGUUCAGCCAGGACGAGACGGACAGCGACAACAACAGCGGCAGCGACUCGGGCUCCGGCAGCAGCAGCUCGACCAAGUCCAAGGACAAGAAGAACAAGCCCAGAGAGCCGCUCGGAUCGGGGCCUCGCCCGUUCAACGGCGACAGCAGCGUACGCUUUACGCCGCUCACGCGCGAGGAAGGGCUCUCGUGCGUGCGCCAGACGCUGCAACUCAUCAACAACGCGCGCUACCUGUACGCGACCGACGCGCACUACCACAACCGCUCCAAGUUCCUCGGCUGGGGCCAGUACACGGUGCGCGAGGGCUCAACCAUCACCUUCUCCGUCAAGAAGGCGCUGCGCAACGUGACCCCGACGCAGCUCAUGGACACGACGUGGCACCUGCUCACGGACGGCAAGAACACCCAGAAGCUGAUCCCGUCGACGGUGAACACGCACAUCCGCCCGCUGCAGAAGCUCUCGGACGACUUGUUCGUCAUCGACCGCCGCAGCGAGGACAACGCCCGCACGGGCGUAUUCGGCAACAAGCUCGCACUGCGCACCGUGUACGUGUUGUUCCGCACCGCGGAUGCCGACGGCAGCCAGACGCUCGCCAUGAAGACCAUCAACCUGCCGCUGGUCAAGAAGCUGCUGCACCACGACGAGCAGUGGUGCGACAUCUUCUACUGGAUCCGCUUCCUGCCCAACGGCACCGUCCGAACCAGCUCUGAUGACGGCCGCCCGCGAGAUUUUGAGACCGUGGCCGAGUUCGGCGGCUCCAACACCUACACGCGCGACGAGAUCGCCAAGGCGUGGCUCGGCGAGCUCGUGUUCCUCGCCAUCCGAUGGGAGUCGCUGGCCGUGGCGCCCACGCUGCUCAAGUUUUAAAUGUCGGAAGUGCAGUGGAGUGAAGUACUAAGUAAGUUGUCGAGCAACAAUUCUAGCCUAGCUCGUGUUGAAUUGAACUUUAUGGGUCAUCCGCGCGGUUGAAGCAGC